AUGGCUCCACCGCGUAAAAGGACAAGGGACUUGAUGCCUAAGUUUCUUAACACCGAAAGUUUUGAUGAGUUCAAUCAGCGGUUGAACAAUCUACCUGCAGAGUCAAAUGUUACGUCUGAUGAAGAUGCACAGUUUCUUGAAUCGAGAAAAUGUCAGUCAAAGCGAUGGAGAAAGGAAGAACCAUUAAAGUUGAAUCUUCGUAGUCCUUGGAAUGUUUUAUGUAGUCCUGAGUCGAUUAGCUCUGCUAAGUUCAUUGUGGAGAAGACAUGUUUGAUUCCAGUACCAAGUUUUGAGGAGGCUGCUACUAAUGCUAGAAGAUGUUUAAAUACAUCUUCUAUACCGGGAAGUAGCGGUUCUGCUUCCGAGACAAACAGCGGUUCUGAUAUAACGAAGCAAGAUUUUAAGAACGAUUCUCCUUCGGAUAGUAAGAAGGUUCAGGGUUCUAGUACUAGCAAAUCUGCAAAACCGAAGGUAAUCAAGGUUUAUUCUUUCGUGGAUCUGGUUACUACGACAAAGAAAGGAAACAUUCAAACCGAGGAAAGUUCUUUAAACCAUGAGAAGAAACUUGGAACUGUUGUGGAUAUUGUUGAGCCGAUGAAAUGUGAUGAAAGGAGUAAGGAGGUUCAGGGUUCUAGUACUAGCAAAUCUGCAAAACCGAAGGUAAUCAAGGUUUAUUCUUUCGCGGAUGUGGUUACUACGACAAAGAAAGGAAACAUUCAAACCGAGGAAAGUUCUUUGAACCAUGAGAAGAAACUUGGAACUGUUGUGGAUAUUAUUGAGCCGAUGAAAUGUGAUGAAAGGAGUAAGGAGGUUCAGGGUUCUAGUACUAGCAAAUCUGCAAAACUGAAGGUAAUCAAGGUUUAUUCUUUCGCGGAUGUGGUUACUACGACAAAGAAAGGAAACAUUCAAACCGAGGAAAGUUCUUUGAACCAUGAGAAGAAACUUGGAACUGUUGUGGAUAUUGUUGAGCCGAUGAAAUGUGAUGAAAGGAGUAAGGAGGUUCAGGGUUCUAGUACUAGCAAAUCUGAAAAACCGAAGGUAAUCAAGGUUUAUUCUUUCGCGGAUGUGGUUACUACGACAAAGAAAGGAAACAUUCAAACCGAGGAAAGUUCUUUGAACCAUGAGAAGAAACUUGGAACUGUUGUGGAUAUUGUUGAGCCGAUGAAAUGUGAUGAAGGGACCAAGUGUGAGGUUACUACGACAAACAAAGGAAAGAUUCACACCGAGGAAAGGUCUUUGAACCAUGAGAAGAAACUUGGAACUGUUGUGGAUAUUGUUGAGCCGAUGAAAUGUGAUGAAGGGAGCAAGUGUGAGGUUACUACGACAAACAAAGGAAACACUCAAACCGAGGAAAGGUCUUUGAACCAUGAGAAGAAACUUGGUAUUGGUGUGGAUAUUGUUGAGCCGAUGAAAUGUGAUGAAGGGACCAAGUGUGAGGUUACUACGACAAACAAAGGAAAGAUUCAAACCGAGGAAAGGUCUUUGAACUAUGAGAAGAAACUUGGAAUUGGUGUGGAUAUUGUUGAGCCGAUGAAAUGUGAUGAAGAGAACAAGUGUGAGGUUAAUGCUGACACAUUUGAUGUGGUUAUUGUUGAGCCAAUGAAAUGUAAUAAAGUGACCAAGUGUGAGGUUAAUGUUGACACAACUGGUGUGAAUAUUGUUGAGCCAAUGAAAUGUAAUGAAGUGACCAAGUGUGAGGUUAAUGUUGACACAAUUGGUGUGGAUAUUGUUGAGCCGAUGAAAUGUAAUGAAGAGAGCAAGUGUGAGGUUAAUGCUGACACAAUGUCUCUGCAAAAACGUAGCAAGAGAGCUGUCUCUUUGGUCGAACGUUUCACAGAAGAAGAGAUAAAGCUGCAUAUAAUGAGUCUAAAGAAGCCAAGUACACAGAGCGCAGUCGAAGGAAUGUGUGACCUCAAGGAGGAGGAGGAAUCAUGUCAAUUGUGUGACGAUGGCACACUCUUGUUUCCACCACAACCACUAUACUGCUUAUUAUGCAGCCGCCGCAUCGAUGACAGAUCUUUCUAUUAUACCCCUGGGGAAGAAGAACUAAGCAAUGCGCAACAUCAAAUCUGCAGUCCUUGUCACAGUAGAUGUAAAACCAAGUUCCCUUUAUGUGGAGUCUUUAUCGAUAAACACAAAAUGCUUAAAAGGAGUAACUUUGACAACGCAGAUACGGAGGAGUGGGUUCAAUGUGAAUCUUGUGAAAAAUGGCAACAUCAGAUAUGUGGUCUCUACAAUAAGCUUAAAGACGAAGACAAAACCGCAGAGUAUAUUUGUCCUACAUGUUUAUUAGAGGAGUGUCAAAGUAUCAACAACAUGGCACUCGUUGACUAUACGGAUUCUGGAGCAAAAGAUUUGCCUGAAACUGUCCUCAGCUACUUUCUAGAGCAAAGGCUAUUCAAGCGCCUCAAGGAAGAAAGAUACCAAACAGCAAAGGCUACUGGGAAGAGCAUCAAUGAUGUACCUGAACCAGAGGGUCUUACUCUCAGAGUCGUGUUUUCGGCUGACAGAACCUUAACUGUCAACAAACAAUUUGCCAGUUUACUUCACAAAGAAAACUUUCCUAGUGAAUUCCCUUACAGAUCAAAGGUUAUUCUUCUAUUUCAGAAAGUCCAUGGAGUUGAUAUAUGCAUCUUUGCAUUGUUUGUCCAAGAGUUUGGAUCAGAAUGUAGCCAACCAAACCAACGCAGCACAUACAUAUUUUAUCUCGAUUCUGUCAAAUACUUUAAACCUGAGAGAGUAACAUUCGCAGGAGAAGCUCUUCGAACUUUCGUUUAUCAUGAAGUAUUGAUUGGAUAUCUUGAAUAUUGUAAGCUUCGAGGUUUCACGACGAGUUAUAUAUGGGCGUGUCCACCUAAAAUAGGACAAGACUACAUAAUGUAUUCUCAUCCUAAGACUCAGCAAACACCUGACACUAAGAAGCUUCGCAAAUGGUAUGUGUCAAUGCUCCAAAAAGCAGCCGAGCAGAGGGUAGUGAUGAAUGUUACAAACUUGUAUGAUCGGUUCUUCGAUUCGACAGAGGAAUAUAUGACAGCUGCGCGGUUGCCUUACUUUGAAGGAUCUUUCUGGUCCAAUAGGGCUGAGAUUAUGAUUCAAGACAUUGAAAGAGAAGGCAAUAAUGAGUUGCAGAAGAAGGUUAAAUUGCUUUCUAGAAGAAAAGUAAAGACUAUGAGCUACAAAACUACGGGUGAUGUUGAUGUUGAUGAUGUUAAAAACAUUCUCCUGAUGGAAAAGCUGGAAAAAGAGGUAUUCCCAAAUAAGAAGGAUUUAAUGGUGGUGGAAUUGAAUUAUUCAUGCACACGCUGUUCGAAAGCCGUAUUAUCAGGAUUGAGAUGGUUUUGCGAGAAGUGCAAGAAUCUUCAUUUGUGUGAAAGCUGCUAUGAUGCAGGACAAGAGCUUCCUGGAGAACACAUAUAUAAGAGGAUGGACAAAGAGAAGCAUCAGCUCUCAAAGGUUCAGGUGAACGGCGUACUGUUUUCUACAACAGAGGAUAAUGAUAUCAUCCAAGAAAACGAUAUGUUCGAAAGCAGACAAGCGUUCUUAGCUUUUUCUCAAAAGCAUAAUUACAACUUCCACACGCUUCGACAUGCCAAGCAUUCUUCGAUGAUGAUACUUCACCAUCUUCACACCUCAAACAAGCAUCAUUGCUCUCAAAACUCUAGCAGUCUCACCUGCACGGCCUGCAAAAAAGAUGUUUCGACAACGAUUUACUUCCCUUGUUUGCUCUGUCCGGAUUACCGAGCUUGCACUGGAUGCUAUACCAAAAACAGAACCCUUCGUCAUCUUCAUAUUUUCCCUACACUCCCUUCAGCUAAUAGAGCGCCGUCGAGAACCGUAAUGGUUCUUGAGAUAUUGAACGCAAUAUCGCAUGCGCUUCUGUGUCAGCACAAGACCACUAAGUCAUGCUCAUACCCGAAAUGCCACGAAGUUAAAGCAUUGUUCACUCACAAUGUACAAUGCAAAAUCAGAAAGAAGGGAACUCGUUGUAAUACUUGCUACAAAUUGUGGCAGACAAUAAGGAUUCAUGUGUACCAUUGCCAAGAUCUCAAUUGCCCCGUACCGCAGUGCAGAGAUAGGAAGGAAGUCUUGAUUAGGAAGGUGUAAAGGCACUAAAAGAGGAGUCAGAAGGAGGAAUAUGAACAUUGCAUAGGUGCUGUGAUGAUGAUAGUGUUUGACUAUACAAGAAAUUGUACAGAGCUAACACCUUUUCUU